AUGAAAUCAUAUGAUAUGUUCUUUGUUCUAUGCGCUCUUUUCUCUUUUGCUACCGCUGCAGUGCUACCUGAAGAUGUUCAAGCAAAAAUCAUCAAAUAUGAAAACUCAAACGAUGGAGCUGGAAAUUACAGAUUCAACUAUGAAACCUCCAAUGGAAUAUUUCGUGACGAAAUUGGAUAUUUGGUGAACGUUGGCAAAGAGGAUCAGCAUAUGGUAGUCAAAGGCUCUUAUUCCUACACUGACGUAAACGGUCAGCGAGUAUAUGUCAAAUACACUGGUGAUGAGAAUGGUUUUCAAGUCAACCCACCUGAAUUUAUAUCACAAGUCUCCUACAGCCUCCCAGCAAACGUCGUGGCAACAUUGUUAGGAAAGUGA